CAUUUUCACUUUAGAAAAAGUUACAGAAUCGAUACCCUGGUCUAUUUUACAUCGAGCACUUAAUACGCGUAUCAAAUAGUACAUUUGAGCUGAUCAGCCAAUAAUUGAAUCAAUUUACUAGUUAUUUACUAUUUAAUACGCGUAUCAAGUACUCGAUGUAAACUAGGUCUCUGUCCCACACGUUGAUUCCCGUACUAUGUGAUUUUCUUCUUAUGAACGUUUCCGCGUUUGUUAUCGUACCAUUACGCAUUACGCAGACGCAGAGAAAUAUCUCAAGCUACCGUUACAUUACAUUAAGAUUUGAAUAAUGUUAACAUUUAACUUUCCUUUGUGCUAAAGUAUUUUAAUGUGUAAAAAAAGAUGUAUGCGCUUGUGAAAUUUUACGAUGAUGUGCAUUAUGUGUGCACCCAAAAAUGUAUUUUUCCUACUAAAAGUCGCGACAUAAAAGUAAAAUACAGCGAUGGAUAUAGGUAUUCCGCAACGAUCAUUGCAAGAAACAAUGAUAAAAGACUAUUAGAAACAAUAGUUAAAAAUAUUAAUACAAAUGUACCUAAUGUAACAAUAAACCCAAGAAAGAAGUAUAAGACUAGAGAUAUUAACCCAGAAAAAAACAUUGAAUAUCUACCAUAUGCAAGUAGUAAUAAAUCGAUUAAUUGUGAUGAUCCAAGUGCAACUAGAACGACUGAUAAUUCUAAGAAACAGUGUAAUCUUAACAAAUUUACCGAUGUAUCUGUAUCUUAUGAUAAUGCUAUUAAUGCAACGACAACCUGUGAUAUGAAUGCAACUAACAAUGGGACAACCUGUUACAUGAGUACAACUAACAAUGCGACUGCUAACUGUAAAGAAAGCUAUGAUUAUGAGAAAAACAUUGAGAAGUCUUGUGAUAUUAAUAAAAUAAUAAAUUUGGAUGAAGGAGGUGUUUUAAACUUUGAAACUUGUAUCGACUCCUCAGAGAUUGAUUGCCAGAAAGAUAUUCUUGUGUUUUCUUUUAAUGACGAUAUUAACGAAACAAUUAAUUGUGAUUAUACAAGUGCAUUUAAAGAGACUGAUAACUCUAAGAAGCAAUGUAAUCUUAAGAAACUUGCUGAUGUAACUCCAUCUAGUGAUAAUAUUACUAAUGCAACGACAACCUGUGAUAUGAGUGCAAUUAACAACAGGACUAUUAUUUGUACUAAAAGCCAUAAUUAUGAAAGAAACAUUGAAAAGUCUUCGUCUUGUGUACCUAUCAAUCAAACGAUAAAUUCAGAUGAAAGAAGUGCUCUAAACAUUGAAACUUAUGUCGAGUUCUCAAAGCCUGAUUAUCAAAAAGAAAUGCUUGAUAACAACCAAAAUAUUUUAGUAGAUAAACAAAUAGAAUACGUGGAACUCUCACCUAUUUAUUACGCUGUGAUAAUCUUAGAAGUGACCUCAACUUUCUUUUGUAAGAAAAAUAGUGGAGCAUGCUGAUGGAAAUUAUUAUUUAUAAUAGAGUAAAUAGCUCUUAAUCAAUGAACCAUUGUAUUGUAUUCAUUAUAAUUUUAGAUUAGGUUAAGUAUUAUGUAGAUAUAAUCAUUUUAGGUUAAGUUAGGUAUUAUUUAGAUAUUGUCAUUCUGUGACAAACAGACAGUAUUUCGACUUGAAAUAUAUUGAUGCAAAAAUGGCGGAUUUUUGCUAUGGAUAUAAUAAUUCGAGUUAGCUUAAUUGGAUUGCACAGAAGAGUUUUCAAAUCCAUAUAUUUUACAUUUUAGGAAAAUAUAAAUUUGGCAUUAUUGCAUUGAUUUAUACAGUCGAACCUCAAUAUAGUAUGUCAUCAUAUAUCUAACAUAUAUCUAAAUUACAUUUAUUGAAAAAAUAGUCUUUAUAUGUAUAGGAAAAUUAUUAAAUCGUACGCGAUGAAAUGAAUAUAUAUUCUCAUGACUUUCAAAUAGUUCCAAUGUUCGUGAUAAUAAAUCGUCGUCGAAUAAGGUUUGCCAAUUGGAAAAGCAUAUCUCACAAUACAUAUAAUUAUAAGAUAUAAUAUAGCAUACAGCCAGAAUAGAACAGUUAGAGGAGAAAUCACUUUUUUCAUUACAAUUCAGUGAUGCACAAUAUAUACAUACAUACUUUCCUUAUACAUAUAAAGACUAUUUCAACACCAUAGAGUAUUUAUAUAAAUACAAAUAUACAAGAUAAUUUUUUAACAUAAUGUAUGGGCUUGUACAUAAUGUUAAAAAUUAUCUAUCUUUGCUUGUUCUAUUUCUGCUACUCGACAUCUCUUAAAGACAUAUAUUGAAGUUAGUGUUAUCUCAGCUAAUGCAAGCCAUUUGUCAUAUAAAAACGACUUUUUUAGUGCUGCAUAUGCUGCAUUUCUUUGUUUCAUCAAAUAUUCAUGGAACUUUAAUAUCAUUCAUUAAGGGGAGAUUAUCUUUUUAUGUCUUUUAUGUACAGACUGCGUUUCUUGCACAGUUUUAUUGACACUUGUGCUAAUAUCUGCAAUGAGUAGUUUUAUGAAAUCUUUGACUAAUUUCUUCUUAUCCUCAUCUUCUUUUUUGAUACAUUCUAUAAUUAACAUAUUUUAGAAGAUUUGACAAAGUAGAUGCUACUGCAGGAGUUUUAUAAAGUUGUGUGCUAUUAUAUACUGCAACUAUGUUUAUUGCAGAGAUGCUGUUAUCAUAUAAUCGAUGAUGGUACAGCGAUUGAAAGUAUUGUAUAUUUGUAUUUAUAUCCUUUAACGCUAAGGGAAACCGACCAAGAAGGCGUAUCCUGGCACGAAUCAUGUCGUGCUGAUGUUGCUUGUGCUUUGUACUUUACGCACAUUUUAUUUGCAUAUGUAAUCAAUAACUCGUCGUAUCUCAAAAUCCGUGUUACUAUAUUUUUUCGUAUAACAAGAAAAAGUUUUUUUUCAA